CGCGGCAUUCCAUGGAGAACAACUGAUGGCAUUUAUGAUGCACAUACAUACUGCCAGCUGCGCAUCUUAGUCCAUUUUUACUUGUAAGUCGCCGCGGCCUAUACCCCUCGCAAUGUACAAACAGGCACAGCUCAGAUCACGAUCACUUCAUGCCGAUCUACGGACGACAGAAUGAACGCGAUGGGUCGCUUGGUGCGUGAGACACACUGUCAAGGCAUACCGAGAGCUUGUGCAGACACUCAACGGCAACGUACGCUCAUCCGAGUCUUUACCAGCACAUUUGGUAUGGCAACCACGACGGUUGCAGCUGGCAUGGCAGUCCUACAUCACCUGACUACUGAUGAGUUAGAUACGGAACAGUGCUGAUCCAAUCUAGUUCUGGACCGUUACGGCGACCGAUGAAAGUAGUC